AAUCCAUGAUUGGUAGUGUGGAUGACAUGAAGAGAGACGCCUAUGAUGAGCUGAAACAAACACUAGAAGAGGAGGAACUCGAGGUUUGUGAGGUGAUGGGAGAACUAUACGUUAGUAAUCCCCGGCAUCUUGGUCUUGCUGGUCUUCCGGACCGUCUCCGUGCAGUCGAGGAGGAUCUGCGUAUAGUCGAGGCCGGGGUCGCCGCCAGCGAGAAGAAGAUUGCCGCCACCGAGGAGAAGAUUGCCGAGCUGAACGAUCAGGUAUCCAUAUUGAAGCUUGCGGGGCCUGAUUAUAAAAGGGUUCGGAAUCCAUUUCUCUCAGUCUUUAAACGGGAUAUAAUGAAAGAGACCCUCAAGCAGUCGGACCGGAACUUCAUUGCAGAGGGCAACGUCAUAGCACAUUCGGGAGAUGCUGCCAUUGAUGCCUUGUUGUAUGAUGGCGAAGGGCGACGACAAGAUUGGUACGUAUUUGAGGAACUGUAUGGACUUCACCCCUCUGAUGUCCGGAAAAUCAGUAAGUAAUCCUCGCUACCUGAUCAGCAUAAGUACCCGUAUUAAGGCUAACCUCUCCAGCCCAUGGGGAAACAAUAGAGGUAUUGAAUCGCCAUGCCAGGGUCAAAGCGAACGACCCACCCGAGGCAGAGGAAUUCUACCGGAGAUUUGCCGUCUUCUUGGCGGCAUUCAAAAGGGAGGACCCUGUGUCCAACUAUCUCUUGUACGAUCACACAAAUCCCACCCGGGCCGCGUACUGGUGCCUACUCGAGCUUCAAAUAUGAGGAUCAAGGUAAUGUCAUGACUGACGAGUGGCAUUCUACAAAGGAGAUACUAAUAAUACUUUAGUGGAUCCACACAGGACGAGGGGGGGGCGGUUUGGUGUG